UCCGGAGCCGGAGAGCGGGGACCAAAGCUGAACGAAAGCUGCAGCAAUGGCGCUGGGGCUCUUCCGGGUGUGCCUGGUGGUGGUAACAGCCAUCAUCAACCACCCGCUGCUGUUCCCGCGAGAGAACGCCACGGUCCCCGAGAACGAGGAGGAGAUCAUCCGCCAGAUGCAGGCGCACCAGGAGAAGCUGCAGCUGGAGCAGCUGCGCCUGGAGGAGGAGGUGGCGCGGCUGGCGGCCGAGAAGGAGGCCGAGAAGGAGGCGCUGGAGCGCAUAGCGGAGGAGGGCCAGCAGCAGAACGAGAGACGUGCCGCCUGGGACCUGUGGAGCACCCUCUGUAUGAUCCUCUUCCUGGUGAUCGAGGUGUGGCGGCAGGACCACCAGGACGCGCCCUCACCCGAGUGCCUGGGCGCCGACGAGGACGAGCUGCCCGGCCUGGAGGGCGCCCCACUCCGGGGUCUCACCCUGCCCAACAAGGCCACGCUCGACCACUUUUACGAACGCUGCAUCCGGGGGGCCCCGGCCGACGCCUCCCGCACCCGGGAGUUUGUGGAAGGCUUCGUGGAUGAUUUGCUGGAAGCCCUGAGGAGCGUGUGCAGCCGGGACACGGACAUGGAGGUGGAGGACUUCAUCGGCGUGGACAGCAUGUACGAGAACUGGCAGGUGAACAAGCCGCUGCUGUGCGACCUCUUUGUGCCUUUCAUGCCGCCCGAGCCCUACCGCUUCCACCCAGAGCUCUGGUGCUCCAGCCGCUCGGUGCCCUUGGAUCGCCAGGGCUACGGCCAGAUCAAGGUGGUCCGGGCCGACGAGGACACGCUGGGCUGUAUCUGCGGCAAGACCAAACUCGGGGAAGACAUGCUGUGUCUCCUCCACGGCAAGAACAACGUGGUGCGGCCAGGCAGUGCGUCGGAAGACCCGCUGUGCGUCGGAGACUCCCCAUACCUGGACACGAUGCGAGUCCUGAAGUGGUUCCAGACGGCCCUCACCAGAGCCUGGCACCGCAUCAACCACAAGUAUGAGUUCGACCUGGCCUUUGGCCAGCUGGACACCCCGGGGUCCCUCAAGAUCAGGUUCCGCUCGGGGAAGUUCAUGCCCUUCAACCUGAUUCCUGUGAUCCAGUAUGAUGACUCCGACCUGUACUUGGUCUCCCAUCUUACCAGGGAGCCCUGUGGGGGGACCCCUCCAUCCAGCACAGAUUGGCUCCUGUCCUUCGCUGUCUAUGAGCGCCACUUCCUUAGGAUGACCUCGAAGGCGCUGCCCGAAGGCGCCUGCCACCUCAGCUGCUUGCAGAUUGCCUCCUUCCUGCUCUCCAAACAGAGCCGCCUGACCGGCCCCAGCAGGCUCAGCAACUACCACCUGAAGACCGCCCUGCUGCACCUCCUGCUCACCCGGCGGCCAGCCGCCUGGAAGGCUGAGCAGCUCGAUGCUCGUCUGCACGAGCUGCUCUGCUUCCUGGAGAAGAGCCUGCUGGAGAAGAAGCUCCACCACUUUUUCAUCGGCAAUUGCAAGGUGCCCGAGGCCAUGGGGCUCCCUGAGGCCGUUCGCAGGGCUGAGCCUCUCAACCUCUUCCGGCCCUUCAUCCUGCAGCGAAGUCUCUACCGGAAGACACUGGACUCCUUCUAUGAGAUGCUCAAGAAUGCCCCAGCGCUCAUUAGCGAGUAUUCCCUCCAUAUUCCCUCAGACCAUGGCAGCCUGCCCUCAAAAGCUGUCAUCUUAUAGAGCAUCCACGACCCAGAGGGCCAGGACACAAGGCAUCCUACAUGUCCACACCCCUGGGGGCAUGUGCAGGCCCUGUCCUGGGAAAAUGACAGGCUUUGUAGGGGCCGUGGCUCAGCUUGCUGUGGGAGCCAGACCCUAUAGCACAGAGGAAACAGAAUUCCAAGCCACAGCUGGUUUGCUUUCAUGCCACUGGGGCUUGCUGGUGAAGCUGUUGUCUGGGUUUGGGGACUGAUCCUUUGCAGCUUACUUUUGGAUCACCACCAAUGGCCAAGAUGAUGACAGAACGCUAUGGACGCUGAGUUACAGACAGUGCAAACAUCGAUUUGGGUGUGAUUCUUUAUACAACCCAGGUCCAGUCUUUACUUGAAUAUCAACGAAAGAUCUCCAGGAAUGCUAACAGGGACCCGUGUUAAGACCUUGCACCCUGAUUUCCAGUAACCCUUGACCCCAGGCAUCUGCAACCAAGCAGUGGGCACCAGUGUGGGAAUUUGCAGCGUUCCAUCCACAGCCUGCACAGUAGGGAUCCCCACUGUGGCUGCCAUUUUUAUACUAUUUGGAGAAAAGACCUAGAGAGAUUCAAGGCCCCAGGUGGCUAAUGUCUCUGUUACACAGAAGUGGGUACUUGGUGGCAGACAGAAGUUUAAGCUGGCCAUUGUUUCAGCUACACAUCUCACUCAGGGUGCAUCUCCUUUUCUCUGCCCCUUCUCCCAGGAUGCUGUAUCCUGAACCCUGUGGGUGCCACAUACCAUGCUGGGUAUAAGCAUGGUAUGUGGGCCCCUCACCCUCGUUAUUCUCUCUACAGCUGGUCUCUCUGGCCACCAGUAUGUUGGGAGGUGGGGGGCACUGAAGAUAGACGAUGAGAGAGAAAGAGGAGCACAGGGUCACUGGGGCAAAGGGCAGAGCCUGGUACCUGGGGUGCUGGGAUCUGGUUUGCAGUCUGGCCUCUGAUGCCCAGUUCAGGGAAGGUCAUAGAGCUGAGAGGUGAGGGAUGCUGUAGCCCUGAGUUUUCCUCAGGGUUCCAGUCCUAGAGCAGGGCAUGCCUGGAAACUAGAUUUCUGUGGAAACCCAGCUCCACACCCAGGCCCCCAAAUCCCCUUGGCUGUUUAUUCCAGUGGGGCUGCCUCACUGCACAGAACCCUCCCUUCUGGAUGGACCUCCUGGCCGCACAGAUGACCAACACCCUAAGAGCUUGACAGAGGCUUGGCUGACUGGGACACGUAAGGACAGACUACAAGCACAGCCCUCAGACCUCAGAGGGGCCACCUUGGCACUGCUGGGCUGCGGUCCCUGGGCAGGCACCAGAACCUGCGAUCAGAGCUGGCCUCGGUCUCCAGGCCUUGUUCAGAGGGACUGGGAAGCCACUCCCGCCUCCAAUUAUGGCUUCACUUGCCCUUUGGGAGCUCCUCUCUUGGCAUUGCCUCAGCAACCUUUGCAGAGGGCCAAGGGGAAGCAAGAAUGAAUGCUCCUUCCCCAGCACUUUCCUUCCAUGGUUGAAACUGGCCGUGCCUCCCAGACACGUACCCAAUUCCUCGGGGGUGUCGGGCUCCCCAUGAACUGAAGAAAGGAUCCUGUCUCUACCCCAGGAGUGCUCUCACCUAGCCUCGGAGUGUUCUAGAAGACGGACGGUUUGCCUGACAGGGUUAAUUCACAGUAGGAGGCUCAGCUGUUAUGGGGCAUCGAAGCCCACAGGAAGCUGUAGGAAGCUUCCUUCCAUGUGAGCUGGGGUUAGACUGGGCAGCACCUGGGUCUGCCCCUCCCCAGGCCCACAUGGUCUCCAACAGUAACCCCAAAGCCCCAUUUCCAGUUUGGGGGAAUUUCCUUAUUUAUUGUCACCCAUGCCUUUCCUUUCCCAUCCUCAUCCUCAUCUGAUGUGCUUUGAGGAGACCCCAGCAACCAAGAACCAGCCUCCAGAAGCCAAGACCAAGCCUGAAUGUCCCUCGGCUUCCCGUUUGCUUCCAGGAGAAAAUUCACUGAAAAAUUACCUUCUGGCCUCUUGUUUAUACAGAGACAAGUCAGCGGGGAAAUGGGGAUCUUUUAUGCACCAAAGCUGCUUCUGAAGCAGACAGCAGCGGGACUCUUGGUGUUUCAUGCUGCCUUAUUUAUGCUAAAGGAAGAAUUAAAUUCUUGCAAGGAGUAGAAACUGUUCACAGUGUUUGUUUUGAACUUCAGGAAAUCUGUGAGCUUCCCAGGGCAGAGCUGAGGAGGGGGUGGAUUUCCUAUUGACACACGGAAGCUUUCACUCCCUUUUGAUUCUUACGCUUUCAGGAAAUUUAAAAAAUAGCAAAACAGAAUAUUUCUGGCCCAUCUUUGAGGCAGCCUGCAGAGUUCCAGAAAGGGCCUUUGAAAGCAGGCUAUAGGGUGGAUUCCAACACAAAACCUUAUUUCACAGAGCUGAUGUGUGCAAAGAAUGUGGGCCCUGGCAGUAAUGUGAAGCUUUUGGCUUGAAGAAAAAAGAUUGUCUUUUAAACAGAAGAGUUCUAGACCUUUAGGGCACUUAGGCCUUUCCACUAAGGACAGCUUUCUCGGAGGGAUCUCCUUCCUUCCGGAGGAUGCUUGACUUUACCCAGCCUCUGCUCACUUGCUGUACCAAAUGCCCCAGGACUUUUGCUGCACCUCUUGACAAGUGAGGUGAGCAGGGCUGGCCUGAAGCCACAAGGUCGGUUAGGUUAAACGAGGGCCCCUCCUCCUCAAAAGCCCCAGCCCCUCUCUCUGCCUUGUCAAAGCACAGCCUGGCAAUCCAGUGGUUAGGACUCUGCACUUCCACUGCAGGGGGCACGGGUUCAAU